GACAAGAAGGACAAGUCUGACAAGAAGGACAAGAAGGACAAGAAGGAUGGCAAGAAGGACUCCAAAGACAAGGACAAGGACAAAAAGUCCAAAGACAAGGACAAGGACAAGGAGACCAAGGACAAGGACAAGGACAGGAAGGCCUCAAGUACGGGCUCGUCAAGCAGUGCUACUACGACCAGUGCUACCACUCCGAGUUCUGGUGCUGGUGCUGGUGGUCAUGGCGCGCGCGGCUCGGCGGCGGACAAGGCAAACCCGUUCGGUGGCAGCGACGGCGAUGACGACGACCAAGGAGACGAUUCAAACCCGUUUGGAGCCAGUUCUUCGUCUUCUGCUUCAGCGACGACGACGGCCACGACCAGCUCGAGCGCGUCGUCCUCGAGCGCAAAGCCUGCCGGUGGUGCGGCGUACUCGGCGCUGGGGGUGCCGUCGGGACUGAUGCCGCGAUCGUCGGGUGCAGGAACGACUGGAGGAGGAUUGUCGGGCUCCUCGUCCACACUGAGCAGCCGUCGCGGAUCCAUUCAGUCCACGGCAGACGGCGCGUACACGUCGGCAGCUGGAUCCUCGUCGUUGUCCUCCUCCUCCUCCGAGAUGGAGCGGGAACGCCAGCGGCAGGCCGAGCAGGAAAAGCGCAAGGAAGCCGAGCGCGAGCGGCUCAAGCAGCGCGAACUCGAGCGCAAGAAGCGGAAAGAAGAAGCGGCACUGCUGGUUUCAAGUGGUUCUCGCAGUUCCACGAGUGGCGGCAGUGGGUCGGCGAGCGGAACGACUGGGUCUGGUGGGCACGCGCCGAAUGCUGGACAAAAGUACAAGGUCCUGGCAGACUACAAGGACCCCAAAGACCGCUCCUUCAACCUGUACGAGGGUGAAAUGGUGACGGUUGUCACGCCAACACUCGCGAUGGGUGACGAGGAUCACACGAUGGUCAACACGUCCUCAAACCUCAAGGUUGUGAUUCCGACGCGUUUCAUCGUCAAGGAUUACCCUGGUGCGGCCUCCGGGGCCUCCGCCUCUACAACAUCAGUUGCUUCUUCCACGGCCAAGCCAGUGGCAUCUGCGUCGACUUUUGCUGCCAGCAGUAGUCGCGCUUCCACGGCCUCUGUAUCACGCACAGCCAGUCCGUUUGACAACAGCGACGACGAUGACGAUGACGAUACCGAUGAGCCACCACCAAAAGCAGCAGCAGCAGCAGCAGCAGCAGCAGCUCCUACGCCCGCUCCAGCGGCAACAACGAAAACCAUGUCCUCCGUAUCAAAGCUCGCACGUGAGAGUGACUUUAACGAGGAUGAAAUCCCCAUUGGUCCGGACGGUCGCUUGCUCAUGAAGUGUUUGGACUGUGGCAAGCGAGUGCCUGUCGAUGAUUUGGAGGAGCACUCGGAAGUCUGCUCGAAAUCCAACCGCACCGUCAAAGUCUCGGCAAAGGCCGUGCAGUCCACCAAGGCAACGACAAGCUCUCCUGCAAGCAUUGCCGCCUCAAAGCUUUCGUCGGUCGUGUCUGUUCUGCCCUUCAGCAAGCUUGGCAAACUUGGCACAAAGAAGAAUGCCAAUGCCAGCGCCGGUGCAUCCAACACGGCAUCACCUGCCGCCACAGUCGUGGUGAGCUCUGCGCAUUCUCCUCCAAUGCCGCUUCCAUCGUCGACCCCUGCUUCGGCAUCGACCUCUUCGUCCUCCGCGGCAGCAGCAGCAGCAGCAGCACAGGAGGCCAACCCAUUCGGUAAUGACUCGGAUGGCAGCGAUGAUGAGUCGGAAGACGAUGCUUGGAAACCGCGCGUUCGAGCAACCACCGCCUCCAUCGAUCCGAACGCGACCGUGAUCAAGGCUGAGCCGGGCGUCGGGGCGGUUGUCAAGACUGGUGGGGCGGCACCCGUUGCAGCAGCUACUACUGCCAGCGCGCCAAAGGCCAAUCCCUUUGGUGGCGACGACGACGAUGAUGAUGACGACGACUCUGACGACGACUCUAGCAAUCCAUUUGGCGGCAGCGAUGGCGGCAGCUCAAAGGCAAAAUCGGCAAACGCAAAUCCAUUCGGAGGUGGUGAUGACGACGAUAACAACCCAUUUGGCGGAGGCGACUCUGGCGCUGCUGCAUCCACUGCUGGCUACUUUAACAACGUUUUCAGCAGCACCUUCAAGAGCGAUGCACCUGCUGCCGGUGCGACUGCAGCGAAGCCUGUGAGCAAAUGGGGAGACUUUGGGACGACAGCCGCGUCGUCGAGCGAGUCGGACGAAAGCGAGUCCAGUGACGAUGACAAGAAGAAAAAGAAGAAGCAAAAAUCGAAAAAGUCCAAAAAGUCGAAAAAGUCCAAGCGCUCGCGGUCGUCGUCCUCAUCGUCGGACGACUAUCCCGUGUUUGAGGAAGAAGAGCCCGACGACUUUGAUCCUUCGCAUCUGGAGGUGUCUGUCAACGAUCCCGAGAUUGCUGGCAAGGUCAACAAGCAACUGACUUUUGAAGUCACCAUGAAGACAGACCUGACCGAGUACCCAACAGACACCCACAAGGUGCGUCGCAAGUACGAUGACUUUGACUGGCUGUACGAGUCCAUCUGCCUCAAUCACCCAGAGUGCAUCAUUCCGCCAAUGCCCGAGCAGCAAACCGCCGUCCAGCGCUUGUCCGAGUACUUUGUCGAAAAGCGCGUGCUGGGCUUGCAGCACUUUAUGCGCCGUCUCAGUGAGCACGAAACGCUCAGCCUCGACCGCCAUCUCGUUGCAUUCUUGUCGUCGACGCCCAAGGAGCUGAAACGCUACAAGAAGCAGGAAAAGGUUGUCAAGCGCGAACUGGGCAGCCACAAACCCUCGAGCGACAAGCACAAGCGCGAUCCUCGAAUCCAACGAGCGCGCGACUACCUCACCGAGGUUGACAAGUUGCUCAAAGUUUUGUCCAAGCGCGUCGAGAUUAAUUCGCGAGCUUUGGCUGCCGGAGAUCCGGCACAUGCGGGCGAGACUUUCACCAAGUGGGCCGAGAUUGAAAAGGACGGCACUUACACGCAGAAUUUGUGCCGUGAAAUGGCUGGCACGCUUAACUCUCUCAAUGUGGAGCAGGAGAAGGCGGGCGAGUACAACUUCAAGAUGAAUCUCAAAAGCAUCUCGGCAUACGUUGAGGCAGGCAUCGAAUGGGUUGGUCGGAUUGAAGCCGUCGAGGAUGAACACCAGUACUGGGCCGAGCAACACGAAACCGCCAAGACUGAGAAAAAUGAAAAGAAGCUCAAAGAGAUCGAACCAAAGAAGGCGUAUGCGGACGAAACAUACAAGCUGUUCAACGAGGCUCUGAACGACGAGCUGCACCACUUUGACAUGCAAAAGGAACGGGAACUCAAGGAGGUCUUCUCGGCCUAUCUCCAGACCAAAAUGGAGCAACAGCAAGUGCUCAUGUCCAAAUGGGAAAGCACGAUGAGUGCCGUGCGCAAGAAGGUCCAUUCCGAUCGUCGCACGCUGUAUUGAAGACGCCGUUUUGGAUGUGUGCGGUUUUUUUUUGUUGCUUUUUCUUUUCCUGCUCUUGGUUGUUUGAUUUGCAUUAUAAUCUAUCCGAUCUGUUUCCGUG